CUGUGUUGGAACCAGGACACGUCAGGGACCUUAAUGUACUUCCUGUCUCGGCCUGACUACUCUCGUGCUAUGUGGGACAACCCUAACUGUACUGGAUCAUCUACAUGUAGGGUAAACUCCUGUCCAAGGUCCACCCACCAGAAGGGCUUCAAAUCAUUAAAUUGGAGCUUCUUGAUUCAAGCCGUUACCAUGUGGAAAAUUGCAUCUGUGUUCUGGCUUCUUGUAUGUUUGGGUGUCAAUGAUGUUCACUUAUUUAAAGGAGAUUGGGAGAUAUCGACAAAAACAGGGGAUAAAGAGCACGCUGAUACUAACGCCAAUGUGUACAUCAUCUUGAUUUGGGCUAAUGGAAAAAACUCCAAGCCUAUAUUAUUAGACGACUUUUUUGUGAACGACUUUGAGCGAGGUGAUACUAACACCUUCUACUUCAAACACCGGGGUACAUUCAAUGACGUAUGCAAUAUCAGGAUCUAUCACGAUAACAGUGGCUAUUCCCCUGCCUGGUAUCUGGAAUGGGUGAAGGUGAAAUAUCAUAAAAUGCAAAAAUCCCGGAAGUUUAUUAUCAGGGACUGGGUCCCAACAGAACAAGAAGAGAGGAAUAUCAACUUUGUAAUACAGCGUACUCCACCGUGUAGCGCAGGUCCUCUGCCGUGAUGGAUCAACGUGGCAAUGGUAGACAGCGGAUGACAAGGAUGGAGAGAAGUAACGUGGCUUUGGAGCAGAUUUCCUGAGGUCAACCUACAGUACUGCAAACUGAAAUUUUUUUUCGCCGUCUAAACUUUGAAGGCAUCCAGGACUCAAAUACUUGCUGAAAUUGCUUUUAUUUGUAGAACGUUCUGGCAUGUCAUAAUAAAGAACGUCUGUUCAUGCAUGAA